CCACACCCUUCAUAGGAAGUGCUUUUGCAGUACAAAUACAUUUCUCAGUUACCCACAAAGCCAGUGCCAUCUUUUACAUCUCGUGUAGCAACAAACCCAAAUGGAAAUGGAGUCUGAGAUGGAACGAGGAGCCCAGAGCAAGCAGAAUCUAAUCAGUGAAAAUAACGGUCUGGGCUGCUGUGGGUGGAUCCUUGUGAUUAUCUCUGCAUUUUUCUCCAUCUUGAUAUUUCCAAUCACCAUUUUCAUAAGCAUUAAGAUUGUGAAAGAGUAUGAGCGUGCUGUCAUAUUUAGACUGGGGAGGAUAACAGCCCGAAAAGCCAAAGGACCAGGAAUCUUCUUCAUCAUCCCCUGCACGGAUUCGUUUGUUAAAGUGGAUCUUCGAACCAUCUCAUUUGACAUCCCUCCCCAGGAGAUCUUGACCAAAGACUCAGUGACAGUUUCUGUGGAUGGUGUUGUGUACUUCCGUGUAAACGACCCUAUUGCCGCAGUGGCAAACGUGUCUAAUGCAGAUUACUCCACUCGCCUACUGGCCCAGACCACCUUGAGGAACGUCUUGGGCACCAAGAACCUGUCUGAGGUUCUUUCUGACCGAGAAGGCAUCUCCCAAAGCAUGCAGAUGAAUCUAGAUGAGGCCACAGGUUCGUGGGGAAUCAAAGUGGAGCGGGUGGAGAUUAAAGAUGUUAAACUGCCACAACAGCUGCAGAGAGCAAUGGCGACCGAGGCGGAGGCGGCCCGUGAGGCCAGAGCAAAGGUUAUUGCAGCGGAGGGUGAGAUGAACGCAUCCAGAGCUCUGAAGGAGGCGUCUCUAGUGAUCGCAGAGUCUCCAUCUGCCCUUCAGCUCAGAUACCUUCAAACCCUCAGCACCAUCGCAGCUGAGAAGAACUCCACCAUCAUCUUCCCUCUGCCCAUGGAUAUCAUAAGCCACUUCAUGAAGGAAUGAUUGCUGAAUAUUCACAUAGUGUACAGAUGCUCGCAAGCCAUUCAUUAAGAAACUGUGCAUGAUUUUCUUCUUUUUCGUCAUUUAUCUUUUAUGAGAAAGAGUGACAAGGUUUACAAGUGAUUUAUUUAUAAAAACAUACAAUAUCAAUAUCAUAUUUUAGAACUUAUAUCAGUGUAUAACAACUUUUAAAUGUCAAUUUUAUAUUCUUAUAUACAAUGAGUAUGCAUGAAAUUAAAUAAACUACAACAAAAAGUAGAUUUUAAUUUUUUUUUAAACAUUUAUAGUCAUUUUCACCAAUGUGAAUGACAAUGUCUUUCAGCUGUUCUUUACCUAACCAUAAACAACCGUUCAUUUAGAGACCAAAAAGAAACCAAGAACAUCUACACACAUCAUAGUUCCUGGUCCCAGAUUUUUAACCUCUUCACAUGAGUGUUUUCUAACUUUCCACAUGUUAGGGUGGUAGUUUAAAGAUUUCUAUGUGGUUUUCCGUCCUCUCCUCUGUCUGUAUGAUGGAUUCCUCACACACAUCCAGACGGAGACAAAGAAUAACGCUAAGGGGAAAGUAUGUGCAAAUGUGUUGCAUUUAAACAACACUUAGUGCACUUAAAAAUUAAGAUUAGGUUUGCAUUAGAUUCAGUACAGUACUGUGGCUUCAGAAAGUAUGAUAUAUAGUGCACAGGUCACAUGGACUACUUUUUAGUGGUCAUUAGUUAGAUUCUUCCCAGUGGCUAGAAUCUUUUCAACCCAAUUACCAAAAGGAUUCAGAAGUAUUGACUUAGUUCGGUGAGCAGUGUUGGUUAAAUAAUCUAAAAAUGUAAUUACUAAUCUUCAACAGUGUAUUUGAAUAUUGUCUUAAUCUCUCUAAAAUGUAUUGCAUUACUUAUUACUGUAUACUUUCUUAACCUUGAGCAGCUGAACAAUACAGGGAUAGUCAUGAAACUGCUCUUUUAAUUCAGUAUUUAAGUAUUUUAAGAAGGUAACAUUAAAAACGUAUAUAAUAUAAACAUUAGGUGUUAAAUCCACUGUUUUAUAUCGAAUUUAUAUUAUACAGUCUAUACAGUUUUUAAUGCAAGUAUAUGAGAAGUAACUGUAAUUAAAUUACAGAAAGAUUAAGAGUAAUUCCUUACUUUUAAAGGGAAAAGUAAUUAAAUUACAGACAUCAAACUUAUCAGGUGACUGUACAUAGUUACUCCAGUAGAUGGUGAUAAAGUGUGCUUUUUUGUGUGUAUGUGUUAUUAACAUGUUACACAUUCUGUGACAAACCAUAGU